UGUCCUCAGUUUGUACAGGAAACAUCGGCUCUCCUUUACCCUCAGUGUGGUGGUGAGGAGACAAGCCAAGGAGACUAAAGGAGAAUCCCAGCACCAGUGUUUAGCCUCAAGGGGGCGGGCCGGCACAGCACAGGACACUCGGCAGCUCAGCGGGUGCCUAGCCAUCGCAACACAGCUCGUGGCGGCCCAGAGAGCAUGGAGAUAUCGGCCCCCCUACCAUUUUCAGCCAGCAAUAUCGGAUGAUUCAGAACUGUGGAACCAUCAAUUUGAGAGAUUUGUUAGCAAACAUGAGGUGCCUCCAAAGUGGUUUACUGCGCCAUGGUUGUAUGUAGAGUGCUAUAUGUAUACUCGCAUCCAUGAGGCCUUCUAUCUUUGUGAUUCUCUAAGGGACUUUGAUCCUUUUGAAGAACAAAAGCAGAAGAGUUUGGAAGGUUCCCAUUCUGCAGUAGAAGCUCUUACAGAGAAAGUGUUGGCUGUUUGUAACAACCUUCCAUCACAGACACAAGAUCAGCUAAAGCAGCAUGUUUUAAAGUUCUUUGAGGUUAGUCUCUGGGGCAAUCAGUGUGACCUCAGCAUAUCUGGUGGUGCUGAUCGUUCUCAAGAAACAGAUGUGUUGUCAGUACUAGAGAGUUUAAGAAGCAACAUCAUUGUAAAUGACUCCAGUGCAUUGUGGCAGCUCCUGGUGUCUCUUCCUGAGGAUCAGAGAGACAUUGUGUUAGUGCUUGACAAUGCUGGCUUUGAGUUAGUUUCGGAUCUCUGUUUGAUAACUGUCCUGAUGGAAGCUGGUCUCACAACUUCUCUCACUAUCCAUACCAAGACACGGCCAUGGUUUGUCUCAGACACUACGGAAAAAGAUUUGAGAUGGACCAUAGAAACACUCAAAGAAAGUCCAGGGUCUGUUGGUGAAGUUGCCGGUAAGUGGUUUCAUUAUCUCUCAGAUGGGCGAUGGAAAGUUUGCAACAACAAAUUUUGGACUACAGGAUAUGAUUUUGCUGAAAUGAGCAAAAUUGAUCCUGACCUUUACUCCCAACUGAGCAAAGCAUCCUUAAUUAUUUUUAAGGGUGAUCUGAAUUACCGUAAACUAACUGGAGACUUAGAAUGGCCCACUGAAACCAUGCUUGAGCAUGCCCUUCGAGGAUUUAGCCCAGCCCCUCUCUUAGCAGUCCGGACAGCCAAGGGUGGGCCAGUUGUGGGACUUCUGCCAGACCAGUGUCACAGAAUAGCCAGUGUGACACAGGACUGGAAUGUCAAUGGAAACUAUGGAAUGAUUCAACUCUGCACUUUCUCUUGAUCAGAUACUAUUUUUAUGUUAUGUAGAAGCACAGCUGUAUACCAUUUUUUUACAAUUAAAAUGGAAAGACUCAUUUAACAUUCAGAGUAUAGAAUAGGAACUCAUUCUCUCAUGUCAGUUUUUCAUAGGAUAUAGAGCUUUUUAAUAUUAAUAUUGUUCCUAUGUUAUUAAAUUUUGUAAAUACUAAUUACCAAAUGUUUAAAAAGUUAUAUGUGCACAAUAUCUGAAUGUGAAAGCUAAAUGGUUCAAUAAAAGAUUGUUAAUUUA